AUGACAGCUACUGGCUCUUCACCCGAGGUCCCUAAGAGACCCAAAGGUAUUCUGAAGAAUAACAGCUCAUACAUGGGCGAGCACUCCUCGCAUGGCCCCCAAUCGCCGACUAACGCACAUGCCUUCAACCACACCGACUCUGUUGGCAACCCUGACCGCCCUCCCAUGAACCGCGAGAUGUCCGAGAAAGAGGUUGUCCAAAUGAACACUGAAAUUAAUGCUGGCGGUCGCCGCAACUCUUCAAAUCCUCGCAGCAGCAUGUCGCGUCGCCAAUCGGCUGUUGAUGGCAGUCACCAAGGAGAACACCCGUCACCAAGACUGAAGUGGGAUGAGGGUAACCUCUUCCUCAACGAAAGCCAGAUGGGCGGCAAGAUGAAGAUCGAUGAGCCCAAGACACCCUACGUUGGUCGCUACGACCCUGAUGAGGACGAGGAGCCACAAAACAUCAACCCCGAUGAUCUGAUGGUCGAUGAAUUGGACAAGGCCAAGGUGCUCGAAGGCGAUGCGCCUCAAAAGAGAAAGCCCCGUGAGGUGGAUAUCCCUGAUCUUGAUAUCGGAGAGCCUGAGCAAGACACAAUUGAGCGCAGACACAGCGACACGGAGAAGAGAGUCAUCGUUGAUCCCGAUCAGAUGGACAUUGAUGGCGCAAGACAUGGCGAGACUCCGGAAAAUAUUCCUCAGGAAGAAAGAGAGAAGCACGAGAAGUUUGAGAACAUGAGGAAGAAGCACUACGAGAUGCACAACAUCAAGAACUUGCUCGGUCACGGUGCGGAAGAGCUUGACGACGACGAGUAG